GCAAUCCGCCGCCGCCGCUACUUGGCCCAAGUUAAUAUGGCGGAAUGAAGCUGCAAUUGCAGCACGUUUCGUCGUAUAGGAGUUCCGAACAAAGAAGGAACAAAUUGGACGAGCCAUCCGCGACUUAGUCGUCGGCGACCUCAGGAUUAGACUCAAGCGGCAGCGCUUGUUCUAGCCAGUAAAUUUCGUUAAUACGUAAGUUGGGUGGGACAUGCGAAAUCGCGUUUAUGCGCUCGCAAUCGAGAGCACGCUUCGGGAUUAGCCUAUAGCUUACUUUCACUUUUUGCGUUCGCCGCCCGCGUGUGAGUUUUUUGCGCGUUAGCGGUCAUUUGCUGUUUUAACGCGAACGCGUUCGCGAGUUUUGAGGUAAAUAGAGAAUUACAUAAUUACGUGUCGAGAAUGACUACGGUCAGCGAGAAGAACGAUGCGGAUAAGGAUGCCAAUCAAGAGCAUGAAAAUGGCAAUGCAGACAAUCAGAAUGCAGACGCUGAUGUGAUUCAGACUACCAUCAACGAAGAGGAUCUCAUCGAUGGACUGGAUGUGGUAGACGCAUGGGAUGACGAGGAUGAGCCCAGACGAAGGAGCUGGGAUCGGACUCGAGGAAGGGAGAGGCGCACCUCCAGGGAACGAGAUCGAGACAGAGACCAACACCGGAACCACGAGCGGGAGCGUGAUCGGGACAGGGAUCGCAGUCGAGAUCGAGACAAUCACCGGAGUCGUCGUCGCUCGCGCAGCAACGAGCGUCGUCGGGAGGUGGCUCGCCGGGACCCCAACAAGUCCAGCAAGGACAUAGAGCAAGACAAGAUGCGCGCAAAAAAAGACACCGAGAGCAAGAUCCUCGCCGAGAAAGAGAAGGCUAUCAAGACACUGCUUGACUCGGACACCGUGUUGCCGCCAGGCACCGAGACCGAAGCCAUUCAGAACAUAGUCGACAAGAGUCAGCAACAGCUGCAGAAAGAGGAAGAGGAAGAAGACCUGCGCAAGCAGUUGAGACGCAGUCGCGAGAACAGAGCCAAGCUUCGCAGUCCUUUGCGCAACAGACUAGGCUACAGGAGGAGUCCGGAGCAGAGAAGAAGGAGUCCCCCCGAUGCCAGAAGGAGGAGUCCCAUCAACUACAGUCCCGAGAGAAGGAGACGUAGGAGCCCUAUCCUCCUGAGUCCAGAGGAGCGACGGCGUAGAGGUAGUUAUGACAGGGAGGCCAGUGCCGAGAGGAGAGAGGCGUCGAAGAGGCGACUGCGCGAACGGGAUGCGAAGUACCGUCGCAGCCGAUCCCGAGAACGACGCAGUCGCAGUCUGGAUCGACACCGCAGCCGCAGCCGCAGUCGCGAACGUCGUCGUCGCUCCAGCAGAUCCAGCAGAUCGCCCUACGAGAGCCGUCGUCGUCGCUCCCAAUCCCGGAGCCCGAAUCGUGCUCGACGUCGAUCACCUUUCCUCAACGAACUUGUUCGUCAGUUUCAAAAUGAACCAUUGGGACCACCGCCCGUUGGGCCACCAGGCGGUUUACCGCCAAACUUUGGACCUCCCGCUGGUAUUCACCCAGGAGCUCCACUGUCAGGAAUGAUGGGCCCGCCACAAGGACUUCUACCUACGCCUCAGGGAAUGAUGCCGGGCAUGAUGCCACCUGGGCGACCCAUGGAUCCUAUGGGUCCACCCCCCUUGCACAUGGGUAUACCACCCAACGCUGGUGGUCCACCUCCUCCACAGUUCAUGAACUACGAUGGUUGCCCACCUCCGGGUCUUAAUUUCGAUCCUCUAAACCGGGGCCCAGACUUCGCGUCGGGCCCCAUGAUGUACGGUCAACCGAAUCACAUGCAGCCACCUGCAGUAAUGCCCAUGCCACAACAGCUGGGCCCAUCGUCACCUCAACCGGUACCAGCACCAGGGCAGAUGCAGUUUGCCCCCGUGGGAUCAGCGCUGCAGUCGGCUCCACUAAAGGUACCCACGAUGGUGCCAGGGCCCAAGUACUCGCCCAACGCUUCGUACAGGCCAUCCAGGUCGCCGAGCGCCGAUGGGCACAAGAGCUCGGGUAACAAGCGCGAGGAGCGCAUGCGUACCCCUGAGCCGCCCAUUAUAUCGGAUUUCAAACAAAAUGAAAAGACCAGCUUAUCCAGUCUCCUGGAAGCUUCAGUUUCUACUAAAGAUUCAUCCAGCCAGUCGUCGUCGUCCAGAGGAUUUAAGCCCGAGAUCAUCCGGCAUUGCGAGCGAGCGCUUCGCAAUCUGCCAGCGGAAGACCCGCGGCUCAAGAUGAAAGGCCGCUUUUUCUUCGAUCCAGCAAAGAAACUGGCCAAAUCGGACAAGUUGGAGGUAGCCUCGAACUCGAUUCUGCUGCGCAGAGGUCGUACCGAGUUCCACUGGGACGAAGAGGAAAACUGCGUUGAGCAACAGGAGAACCAGAACCAACAGCUGUCAAAUUUCAGCGCUGGACCACGGAAAAUCACUCAUCAAAAAAUCUGCCAGACAGAUGAAACGACGACGGAAGAAAUAGGCGUUCAAACGGAAACGCAAACGAGCGACUUUGGCGGACAGGUAUACCCGAUGGAACUGCAACCCAUACCUAAAGAGUCCAGACGGGAGCCGUCAUCGAUGCAGCAGCAACAGCAGCAAGAUUACGACGAUGGGCCGAACAGACUUCCACCACAGCAACAGCAGCAGCAACAGCAGCAGCAACAGCAACAGCAGCAACAGCAGCAGCAGCAACAACAGCAGCAGCAACAAGAGUCGCAACUACAUCAGCGAAGUGGUAUAGAAGACAGAUUUAAUAACAGCAGACCAUUGGCUGACAGACUCGACUGGAGUAUGCGCGAGACAUUUGACCACUCUUCGAAGUUGCGCGAUAGCGAUGACCUGCGCUGGAGCCUUAGCAAGAAUGCGUCACGCGACAGACAACAGCCGAUGAACUCCUGGUCAAGGAGCUUUUCGCCUAACCGACAGAUACAGCAGCCUAUCGUCAGCGAUCACAUGCAUGGCAAUUUAGGUAGCGGCACAAGUAUGCCACUGUCCGGCAUAGAUAACCUUAUGAGAGGUAGUGGUAAGGAUUUGCUAAGAGAAAGAAUGUUAUUGGACAGGGGUAUGAUGGAUCGCGGUAUGGACAUGCGAGACCGGGAUAUGGACCUUCGUGAUAGGGACAUAGAUCUUCGGGAUAGGAAAAUGGAUAUCCGUGACAGAGACAUGGAUCUAAGAAACAGAGACGUCGACUUUCGGGACAGAGAGAUGGACUCUCGAGGCAUGGAACCAAUGUGGGAGCGUGACCGAGGGAUGAAUAACUCGAGGGAUAUCAGAGGUGGCGGAAUGAUGGACGCUAUUGGCACUGGUGGCCGCGGAGGACUAGAGGAAUUUGGAGGACGCAGAGAGCUCGAAGAUUACCCUAUAGGUGCACGUAGAGAGCUGGUAGAUGACUACGACAUGCGUAAGGGAGGCAGCAGUUUCAGCGGAACUAAUGUUUUUAGCAGGAACUUGGACAGAGAUCUGCCUCCAGGAAGAGAGAGUCCACCGCAAAUCAUAGACGACGACCCUGAGGAGCUGGAAAUCAUCGAGGAACGAGUCUUCGACCGAGACCAGCCAUGGAAAUCGAGGAAUGCCACGACGAACCUCAACGUGUUCAACAACGCCAGAGGCGGUGCUGCUAUGACUCGGGGUGGCAUAAAGAGACCGUUCCGCGGUAGAAUCGCCAAUAACGUCGGUUUCAACAAUCGCAUGAACUUUUAAGCGUCUUGUAGGUCCUGUACUAGAUCGGCGCGUUUUUUGCGCGAUUAUUUUUGUCCCUUUCGAUUCUCUAGUUGUGGCAAGAUACUUUUGUGUAUCUAUCGCUCUCUGUCUGUCUCUCGUUCUUAGUCGACGGGUGAAUGUUUGACGAGGCGUUGGCUAAGAUUAUCUCGUUGUAAACGACGAUCCGUUAAAUACGUACUGGCUUGGAGAAUUUGGAAGAUUAGAGAAGCUUUAAAUGUAUAUAGAGCAAAGUUUUUUGCAAGUGCGCGUGCGCCGCGCAACCUAUAUCGUUGUUGUACGAUACAAAGUUGUUUUUUUUUUCUUUCAUUAUUAUCACACUUUUUAGAAGUGACGGUGAGUCUAAUCGCGCUAGUCCAUACGGCGGAACUUGUUUAAAAACGAAAGUACAAGCCAAAGUUAUGAGACGGAAUAACGCGACGAGAGCGCCAUAUUGCAGUCAUUUUAUUUAUCGUUUAACAGUGUUUUAUUGCAAUAGCUAACUCAAGAAAUGAAUUUCCUUCGGCCUUAAUUUUAUUUUGGCAACGAUGCUAUGCGAGCACUUCUUAUCCUAUUUUUCAGCGAUGAGCUUUGGUAGUGAUUUAAGUUCGCUAUAAAAUGAUUUGACUACUUAACGAGUAACCGUGUGAAAUGUACAACGAGUUUCACAAAUCGCACAUUAUCUCGCCUUUUUUUACAAAACAAUGUAUAAAACUAUCCAUCGAUUUAUAAUAAAUUGAUCAUAAGGAUGCAAUCUGUAAAA